AUGGCAUGUUUUCGAGUUCUCUGCGUGGCCCUUUUCCUCUCAGCAUUCGCAUUUCAUUCAAGUACAGUAAAUGGAAGCAUAAUAAAGAGCAUGUACAUCAGCUGGGGUGCUCAGCAUACGGCAAUUGAAGGAGAUGAUCUUGCGCUUGUCCUUGAUCAAUCUUCAGGGACGGGAGCACAAUCGAAGAAAACAUUUCUAUUUGGAAACAUUGAGAUGCUGAUCAAAUUCGUACCCGGAAACUCUGCUGGAACAGUCACUGCAUACUAUCUAUCUUCUACAGGCGACAAACAUGAUGAAAUAGACUUCGAGUUUCUAGGAAACUCAUCAGGACAGCCCUAUACUCUCCACACAAAUGUGUACAUCCAGGGAGUUGGAAACAGGGAGCAGCAGUUCUACCCAUGGUUCGACCCAUCCGCUGAUUACCACAACUACACCAUCCAUUGGAACAAGAAUGCCAUUGUUUGGUACGUCGAUGGCAUUCCACUCAGAGUCUUCAGGAACUAUGAGAGCAAAGGAAUUCCCUACCCAAGUCAACAAGGAAUGAGGGUGUACACCAGCCUUUGGAAUGCUGAUGAGUGGGCAACCAGAGGCGGCCUUGUGAAGACUGACUGGAAUAGCGCACCAUUCAUUGCCAGAAUCCGCAAUUUUAGGCCAAGGGCUUGCUUCUGGAAUGGGCCAGUUAGCAUCAGCCAGUGUUCCCUGCCUUCCCCUGCCAACUGGUGGAACACUCCAGCAUUCAAUCAACUCAGCGCAGCCAAGAUGGGGCAGAUGAACUGGGUCAGAAACAAUUAUAUGAUCUAUGACUACUGCAAAGACGCCAAGAGAUUCAAUGGAGUGAUGCCAGCUGAAUGUUCCUUACCACAGUUUUAG